AACCAUAUCCGCCUUAGGGCCUGUGGAGUUGCCAGACUUGCUGACCCCGCGUGGAGUAGGCGGGAUGCUGGUCCGCGGCGCGCUGCCCCGCCCUCGGCUCCUGACCCGUGUCCCGCCCCCUCGGCCGCGAGUACCUCCAGCUGAUUGGCCCCUUUGCGGCGUAUCCUCGAGCUGGCAGUCGGACCCGCGCGUCACGUGGCCAAUCGGCGUCCCGGGCGCCGAGCCGCGGACACCCGGGCAUGGACCCUCAGGCGGCCGGGGCCCAGGCUCUGGGGGCCGCGGGGCCGUCUCGGAGUCCCCCGCUUUCCAGCGCGCUGGAAGCUUCCGCCGGCCCGGAGGCUGGCUUUACCACAUCUGACCACUCUGGUCUAGAGAAAGAGACUGAGACAGCCACGGAUCAGCUAGCCAGUGGAGCCCAGAACACCCCUAAUGACAGUACCCAUGGCGGGAACACACAUUCUGGAGAAGGCGGCUUUGCUGAGGAGGAGGAGGAGGAAACUGAUGGGGAACUGAAGGCCUGGGAGCUGUCAGAAGGAACAUGCUGUCCACCUAGGGAGCAGACUGCUGAUCUUUUUAACGAGGACUGGGACUUGGAGUUGAAAGCAGAUCAAGGGAAUCCUUAUGAUGCUGAUGAUAUCCAGGGGAGCAUUUCUCAAGAGAUAAAACCUUGGCUGUGUUGUGCCCCACAAGGAGACAUGAUCUAUGACCCCAGUUGGCACCAUCCACCUCCACUGAUACCCCAUUAUUCCAAGAUGGUCUUUGAAACAGGGCAGUUUGAUGAUGCUGAAGAUUAAAGGUGCUCUCUCUGCCUGUGGAUAGGUAGAUCAAGGUCUCUUCCUGUUUUGAGGUGAGAUGUCCUGUCAGAGACAGUGUUCCCAGUGGCUCCUGAGUGUGAGUUACACAGAUGUUAAUGAGGGUCCCUCUCUUCUCCCCAGUUCUGUUGUUGUUAAUGCACUUCUUGGAACAUGUGCAUAUUUGUGUCUAUGUCAGGAGGAGUUGUGUUCUUUAUAAAUAAAGAUGGGAAAAAAUUCAAUAUGCUUUGCCUGCUUUUCUUGUGUUUGAUAGGUGCUUCUGAGCAAGGCCUUACUCCUUCGUUUACAGUCUAUGAAUUAUAUUUUAAGUAUUGAGGAAUUUAGAGACCUGAAACUAUUCACAAAUAAAAAGAAUCUUAGUUUUCUGCUGUAUUUCUGGAAUUCUUGACCAGGGAUUGUAAUGCAAGAGACUUUGAUAACUUUAUGCAUGAUUUGUAUUCCCAUUGGUGGAAAACUGAACAUUUCAUUAGUUUACAAGGGUAUCCUGCAGACUGGAAGCUAAAUAGCAAAUUAAGCCAGGAAUUGUAUAACCUUUAAUUGGCAUGGAACUCUGUUUUCCAUUUACUCUUUUAAUCCUUACAAUUAUAUGAAGCCGUGAUUUUUUUUUUUUAAUUUACUUCAUUUUAGGGAUGAGAAAUGCAGGACCUUUCCAAGCUCACCUAGUGAGUGUCAGAAUGAGGACCUAAAUGCACACGGCCCAUUCUCUUCACUGGCCCUGCAUGUGUGAUAGCAUAGUAGAGGGAUCUAUGGCCACAACUUGGCAGGUCUGUUAUCCACCAAAGUAAGUGACUUUUACCUCCUUGGCUAAAUGAUUGUUUCUUAACCUCCCUACCCCUUUUCCCCCAGUUGAAGCUGAAUCAAGAAAAUGCUUCAGAUCUGAGUGAGUGCCGUAGCAAUGGGUAAGACAGAACCUUGUAAGGGAAGGUAGCAGAUAUGAUCAAGGCUGUCCUAAGGAAAAGUUCCCUUGUACUGUCCUUGCUAAAGGGGCAGUUGUAGACCUUGUCACCAUAUCCCUCUUUCUUUCUUCCUCCUCCCAAGGUCAUAGCUGAUGAGAACACAAGUAUGUCUGGAAUAAAAAGGUAAACUUGAAAAACUGAGCCAAGGUUUACUUGUUUAUUUUUACAUACCACUUCAA